GCUUACUGUAGCUGACAUGAUGCAGGGAGAGCUGUAGAGACUUCCAGCCACCUGUCUUCUGGAAAACAAAAGGAGCUUUUUCACUAUUAAAACAAGUCCCCGGAGAGGAGGACAGAACCUGCCAUCGGGGAUCCCUGGAUGCCCGCCGGUGCAAUCACCCUGGCCGCACACGCAGGCUCGAUGGCCAUCAGCUGACCCCUCCCCCCAGGAUGACGGUGAGAGAGCGGAUUCGGCAGAACAUCUCGGCCGCCUUCUAUCGGCACGGCUUGCUAUGUGCCUCCUACCCGGUCCCCAUCAUUCUCUUCACCUCUGCCAGCAUCCUGACCUGCUGUUAUCCUCUGCUGAAGUUGCCUCUGCCAGGAACAGGGCCUGUAGAGUUCACCACUGGAGUACGAGAUUAUUCUGUCCCAUCCCAUGAGUCUCAUGACCUGUCUGAACGACCUGAUUGGUAUCAGGGGCCUCCGGUGGCCUAUAUCCAGCAGGUGCUGCUGAAAGCAGCAGUCUCACCAUGGGAUAACAGUCUGGUUCCUGUGGAUGUGUUCCGCUCUCCCCUCGGCCGUGUUUUCAGUCUUUUGGAGGAGAUCAGAAACCAUGUUUAUACGGACAGAAGUUUGGAGGAGCUGUGUUUGCAGGUGACUGACCUGUUACCAGGGUUACGGCGCAUGCAUGCAGUCCUUCCAGAGCAUGGCUGCCUGCUGGUCUCCCCUGGCAACUACUGGCAGAAUCGGCGUGACCUGUUUGAUGUGGAUCCAGACCUCCUAAAGACAGUCCACCAACAUGAACCCAAAGGCCUUCAUACUUCAGCCACCCUGAGAGAAAGAAAGAAAGAAAGACAAAAAGGUCCACAACAUGAGUACUUGCUCUUUGGUGUCCCAGGGAAGCAGACUGGUGUAAGCCUGUACAGCAGGGAGAGAGUGGUGACGUACACCAUCACAAUUGCACUAAGCACCUAUGAUGCAAGGUUUGUAGCCAGCCUUCGAGCCCGUCUGAAACUGCUUCACCCCUCAGUGAACUGCAGUCUUCGUGAGGACCACAUGGUGCACGUCCAUUUCAAAGAGGAAAUCGGCAUUGCUGAGCUCAUCCCUCUAGUUACCACCUACAUCAUCCUCUUCGCUUAUAUCUACUUCUCAACACGAAAGAUUGACAUGGUGAAGUCCAAAUGGGGCUUGGCUCUGGCUGCUGUGGUUACGGUUCUCAGCUCUCUGCUCAUGUCUGUGGGACUCUGCACCUUGUUUGGGUUGACGCCUACACUUAACGGAGGGGAGAUCUUCCCAUACCUAGUGGUGGUAAUUGGUUUGGAGAAUGUCCUUGUCCUUACUAAGUCUGUAGUGUCAACACCUGUCGACCUUGAAGUCAAGCUGCGCAUUGCUCAAGGUCUUAGCAAUGAGAGCUGGUCCAUCAUGAAGAAUAUGGCCACUGAACUAGGCAUCAUUCUCAUUGGAUACUUCACUUUAGUACCAGCAAUUCAGGAGUUCUGUCUGUUUGCUGUGGUUGGUCUGGUGUCUGAUUUCUUCCUUCAGAUGUUUUUCUUCACCACUGUGCUGUCUAUUGACAUCCGCCGCAUGGAGUUAGCUGAUCUGAACCGGCGUCUCCCAGCUGAAGCGGGGAUGCCACCUCCUAAACCUGGACCUUUACGUCCACGAGAGACGCCUCCCCCGCCCCGUCCCUCCCCCCACACGAUCACCUUGCAGGCUCCAGCUUUCAGAAACCUCCGCUUGCCCAAGAGGCUUAAGGUGGUAUACUUCUUAGCCCGUACUCGCCUGGCACAGCGAAUCAUUAUGGUAGGAACUGUGAUCUGGAUCGGGAUUCUGGUCUACACGGAUCCUGCUGGUUUAAGGACUUUCCUUGCUGCCCAGGUGUCAGAGCAAAGCCCUCUUGGGGAGGCGGGGCUUCCUCAUCUGGGUGUGGCUCCAGUAUUCCCUGGUGGACACCCAACAAGCACACUGAGUGUGCUUGCUGCACCUGAGCCCACCCCCUUACCAGAGAACCUAUCCCAGGGUCACCGUACACCUCUUCCUGGAUCUGUGCCUAUGUCCAGUCCCCAGAUCACAUGGGGCUCUGAAGAUGAGGAGCUGUGGAGGCGACUUUCUUUCCGCCACUGGCCUUCACUGUUUAGCUAUUACAAUAUCACUCUGGCUAAGAGGUACAUCAGCAUCCUGCCAGUCAUCCCCGUCACGCUGCAUCUCAGCCCUCAGGAGGCUAUAGACACACGCCACCCACAGGAUACACACCACCCUCCCCCCCCCAGCCUCAAGACUUCCGAUCUACAGACAGAUCUCACACUCUACAAAGUGGCGGCUCUUGGACUUUUCGGCGGUGUGGUCUUAGUGCUAUUACUCUUUUGUCUGUAUCGAGUACUCUGCCCUCGAAACUAUGGGCAGAACGGGGUGCCUCAUGGGCGGCGGCGGCGUGGAGACCUGCCCUGCGAUGAGUACGGCUACUCGCCGCCGAUCAGUGAAAUCUCCCCUCUGCUGCUGAGAGGCCAUAGCAUGGACAUUGAGUGUCUGGCCAGUGAUGGCAUGCUGCUGGCCAGCUGUUGUCUGGCGGGACAGAUCCGUGUUUGGGAUGCACAGACAGGAGACUGUCUUACUGUUAUACCCAACAAUGGUCUGCGCAGAAGCAGCAGCAGUGGUUGCUGGGAGCACCGUGAUGGCUGGGAUCACUUAAGUGCUUGUGAAGCUGAGAGUCUCCUGGGAACAGAGUUUCGGGAGUCUGGGGGAGGAGCUAUGGGAGGACCAGAUGUUGAUAUUUUCCCAAUAAGGAGGAGGACUACCCCCACACGCCCUGCCCUGUUUGGAAAUCAGCCUGACCUCACCCCACUCAUUGACACCAACUUCGGCCCACUUCCCCCAUCUCAGUCUGUGAGCAGCUCUGGCUUUGACUUUGGAGAACUGGUGGAGAAGGCAUACCAGGAGCAUGAGACCUCACCCACACUGGCUUUCCCACCGUCUCCCCUGGCUUCGCAGCAAAGACGACGAAGCCUGGGGGACCAGCCCAUCCUGCCACCAGAGCUGCCCCCGCAGAGCAAUGGAGACUGGGACAGCUCAGUGUGGGCCAUGGAGCUGAGGGGCAACCUCAUUGCCACAGGCAGGAGCAGUGGCAAACUAGAGUUGUGGGAUGCAGUAGAGGGAUCAUUACGGUGCAGUUAUGAAGAUGGAGUAUCAGGAAUCACUGCCUUGGCUUUCCUUAACAACAGGAUUGUGGCGGCCCGUUUGAAUGGUUCACUGGAUUUCUUCACGGUGGAGAUCAACAAGCCUCUUGGGUUACUACAGUAUCGUGGGCCUCCAGGCCGGGGCAGUCUACCCCACUUCCCCUGCUACAGCAGUGAGGAUGUGAUCAACUGUCAGCUGACGCGCUCUGUGCAGUGUGCCCACCAGAAACCCAUCACUAUGCUCAAAGCUGCCGCCGGCAGGGUGGUCACCGGCAGCCAGGACCAUACAGUUAGGGUGUAUCGUUUGGAGGACUCUUGCUGUCUAUUUACUCUGCAGGGCCACUCAGGUGGCAUUACUGCAAUCUACAUAGACCAGACCAUGGUUCUAGCCAGUGGGGGCCAAGACGGAGCCAUCUGUGUUUGGGACGUCCUGACGGGCAGCCGGGUGAGCCAUGUGUACGGUCAUCGUGGUGAUGUAACCUCGCUGGUUUGCACAACUUCCUGUAUCAUAAGCAGUGGGUUGGAUGACCUUAUUUGCAUUUGGGACCGUAGCACAGGCAUAAAACUGUACUCCAUACAACAGGAAGUUGGAUGUGGGGCUAGUCUCGGGGUGAUCUCUGAAAGCUUGCUAGUGACGGGAGGCCAAGGUUGUGUGUCAUUCUGGGACCUGAAUUACGGGGACCUGCUGCAGACGGUGUACUUGGGCCAGAGCAGCGAGGGCCAGAGCGUCAGGCAGCUCCUGGUUCUGGACAAUGCCGCCAUAGUCUGUGACUUUGGUAGUGAGCUCAGUCUGGUCUACGUGCCCUCUGUUCUGGAGAAACUGGACUGAAAACACACACACCCUUGUGCAUAUACACACCAGCCCACAGACUUAGCACUUUGAUAAAACUCAAGAGUGGCCAGCAGGAAAGCACUCACCCUUUAACCUGUAUCAUGGCAGGUUCAUUGCAGACAUGUCGUUUCUGGUGUCCUCUCUAAUUGGUAGGGAGUGAGCAGUUACUGUUGAGGUCUUCUGCCUCAUAUGAACUUUCUAGCAUUAAUGGGGAUACAAAGGCACAACUCGAUCCUUUGUUGUUUAACAGGUCUCUAGUGCUCCAUCAGAGCAUUUUGUACUUUUGGUAGAACAUGACUUAAGUCACCAGAAUGUUCUGAAUGUUUUACUCUCAACAGUUACUUGAAGGUAGUACAAAACUGCUAGCCGUGAAGGGUGGCUCUUUUUGCCUGCCUUAAGAUGUCUGUGUGUGAGUGUGUGAGAUAGGAAGUGCACAGUGAGAAUGCAAUGCUGUCCAGCCCGGUAACUCGUGACUGUGUGACAGCUUGACAUGCAUGUUAGAGAGUUCACAAUAAUGUGUUUGCGGGGUAAAGGGGGAGGAGUAAUGCAAAGGUCGUUGGAAUGGACAAAAGGCAUAGAUUUUUCUUAGAAAAUGAAAUUGAGUGCUGCUUUGUGAGCAACUGUAUUUGAAUGAGUGUUUGAGUGUUUAUGUGAAUCUCUUGGAAACAGUCCGGGUCAUAUUUCACCUCAUAUUCAAAUGAAAACAUUUGAAACUAUACCUUGCAUAAAGAAGUGAAUGCUAUAUUUUAGCACCGUUAAGAUAUUUUCAUGACAAAACAAUGUCCCAAAAUAUUCUCAAUACAAUAAUGCGAGAAAAAAAAUAAAAAUAAUAAAGCUAUAUUUACAUUUACGUUAUACACUGCAUUUAAGUACAUUUUUAAGUUUACAUAAUGGUAGUACAUGUACUGAAUGUACUUUUUAUCAUUGAUAGACAGGAUGAUUUUCAUUCAUGCUUUUGUGUAAUUUUUUUGCAUUUCAGUCAUUGAAAAUGGGGGCUUUAUUGUGAAAAUAAAUAUUGAUGUAUUUCAAUAUUUCAAUACCCCUGAUUUUGGGGUAAAAUGUGACUAGGACAUUGGUUUUUGAGAUCUGUGAGUGGUUGUGUUUGCAAGAUUGUCAGAAAUGCAUUGUGUAAACAUCUAAAUCUCUGGGGUAGGAGGGUCAAUUUUUAAAAUAGAAAUCAACUAUUUAUUAGUGACGGUUUUUAACCAUUUGUAUGAAGCUUGGCUUAUUGAUAAGUUAAAAUGGAGACGUUGUCAUGAAUUUUAAUAUACAGUACAGAAAAGCUUUGACUAACACUUUAAUAAUAGGAUUAUAUUGAUUUAGUCAGUAACUGACAGACAGGACGUAAGUUUUGGCAUAGUUUAUGUUACCUUCCUAGAGCAGCAAGAUGAGUACCCAGUGACAAGAAAGGGGGAAAAUUGUCAUUCCAGUCCUGCCUUAAACAUAUGGGAGAAAUGUUCCUUGACAGCCCACGCUCUGUUUUAUCUGUUUCCUGGACUGAAAUCCUAAUGAACGUUAAUACUGUUAAUUUUAACCUGUAUUCCAGCUGGCAUUACAGAUCACCCCAAAGUCAUUUUAAUCUAAAUGCAGCUAAUGAUGUCAAAUAUCAGCACAUCUCCGACAGAGUUAGAUUUCCCUUUGUGCAGGAAAGUGGAUAGGGCUGCUUUAAAAAAAAAAGAUUUGUGUGUGUAUAUAUUAUUAUUAUUUGUCUUGAUAUGUAUUGUUGUAGAGCCAUGAGUGAUUUACAGGUUUCACUGAGAUUGCUGACCAUUAGUUGUUAAUAUAUUUUUGGGGCAUGUCUUAGUAUGGUGAAACAUUAAGUUAAUCAAAUCCAGCCCUGCAGUACCCUCACAAAUGUGUGCAUUUGGUCUGGCCUGUGUUUAAAAUAUUCAUAUCAAUGAAAUAAAUGGGGAUUUACUAGUACAGGGCAAAUGGACACAUUAGAACUGAAAUUUAAAUAAAUGUAAAAAUUGCACAGAGUAUCAGAUUGAAUGGAUAGUUCACCCAAAAAUGAAAAUUGUCUCAUCAUUUACUCACCCUCAUGCCAUCUAAUAUGUGUAUGCCUUUCUUUCAUUUUCAGAACACAAAGAUUUUUAGAAGAAUAUCUCUGCUCUUUUGGUCCAUUCAAUGCAAGUGAAUGCUGCCUAGGCUUUUGAAGCUCCAAAAAGCGGAUCAGGUCAGCAUAAACAUUACACAAGUGGAUUAAUCAAUGUCUUCUGAAGUGAUCCAGUUGGUUUUGGGUGAGAACAGACCAAAAUAUAACUCCUUUUUUACUGUACAUCUUUACACCAGUCUCAUUGGCUAUCGUGAUUUCAACAUUGAUUACACUUCCAUGCGUCAGGCGUACAGGAACUGUAAUCGAGCUUGAAAUCAUGCCUAUAGACUGCAGUGGCAAGAUGUAUAGUGAUGAGUUAUAUUUUGGUCUGUUCUUACCCUAAACGAACUGGAUUGCUUCAGAAGACAUUGAUUUAACCACUGAAGUCAUAUGGAUUAUCUUCAUGCUGACUAUAUCUCCUUUUGGGAGCUUCAAAGGCCUAGCCACCAUUCACUUUCAUUAUGUGGACCUACAGAGCUGAGACAUUCUUCUAAAAGUCUUCAUUUGUGUUCCGUAGAAGAAAGACAGUCAUACAUUUCUGGGAUGGCAUGAGGGUGAAUUAAUGAUGAGAGAAAUUUUCAUUUUUGGUGUGAACUAUCCCUUUAAGACAGUAGUUUGCAUUUACCCAUAGCAACGAUUUAAAGAUCUGCAUGUGCAUUCCUUUGCCAAAAAUUCAAAGUCAACAAUUUGCCCUUUGCUUUAGUAAGAAUAUGGACCAGACUAGAAGUGCCCCUACUUUCAUUGCAGAUGAUUUUUAGGUGAUUUAUGUUGCAACAAAUUGGAGCAUUGCUCUUAAAAUAUUAUGGAUUUCCUAGGAUUAUACAUUUGUAUUAACUGGACUUCCCCUGCUGUCUUUAUUAACAGGGGAGUAAAAAAGCACCAUUGUUUUUUUCACUACUCUCUCUCCCUUCCCAGAAGAGCACGUUCCUAGAAAUUAUUAGAUGUGUGUGGCAUUAAAGUGGAAUACUGCUCUCAUCUUGCUGUAUCUUACAAAUUAUUGCUGCUGAUGUAAAAAUGGAGUGGAUGAUGUUUUAUGUGAUGUGUAAUGCCUUAAUGUUGCACUGUUUAUUAAGAUGGGAGGGGGCAGAGAAAGACUGGGUGUAAAUAUUUUGACUUUUUUUGGGCCUGCUCUGCCCUCUUCUCCAUCUUUCCCAAAUACACUACACAGUGUAAGUAGACAGUAGAGGAUGUAACUAAUGCUCUGUUCUAUUUUUAACACCAAAUAAAACAAAAAAACAUUUGUACUAAUUUGCAAAUAAAAAGUCUUUGAU